AUGGUCACUCCCAGGCUGGGUCAUCUUCUCUGGUCCUUUGUCCUUGUCUCUUCAGUAAAACAUUGUCCCACCAGGACCUGUGAUCUCGGAGGAAGUCUCCAGGUCAGUCUUGGUUCAAGCCUUCAUCCAGUUCUCAGCCCCCAUCUUUUGGGUGUUUCUUUGUUGUUUCUUUUCUUCUUUAGAGAUUUUUGCCUGAGUUUGUGUUUUAUUCUCAUCUGGGUGUCCACCAUCUCUGACAGCUGGAGGAGCUGUUUUCCUGUCAUGGUCCCACAAGGCCCAAGACUGCCCAUGCACACAGGAGACUUUGGUGUCCAGAGGUGUAUUUUCAGGUUCAUCCAGGUCUUGCCCUCCUUCUAG